GGUUCGCAAGAGCUCUCCGGGGACACGCGCCAUGGGUUAAAUUCAAUGGCCUGUCAUUCAAAAGAAGCUCGGGCAGAGAUGACGAGAAGACUUGGGCGCGCGGAAUUAGGUCCCCAUGUUCAUGAGAGGCAGAUGCCUUUUUGGCUCCGGAAAAUGCUAGAAAGGGGAGCGAAAGUGACACACACAAAUCAAAUCGCACCCGAUGGAACACUACGAAAACUCGGGACGGUUGAAAACGAGGCAACCGAUAUAAUACCGAUUCUCGGGCGACUUUGCAGGGCUGACAAGUCAGUCAGCCGGGCUUUUCUAUGCAGCCCCAGGAUUUGGCAAAUUUCUAAGCUGCCGAGGGAAGGCGGGUUUUGUGGCUACCGGAAUAUUCAAAUGCUGAUAUCAUACAUACGGCAGUCUGAUCUCCCGGGCCAUGACUGUUUGUCUGGGUCGCUACCUACCAUUUUGCAAUUGCAAGACAUGAUUGAACAUGCUUGGGACAUGGGAUUUAACAGCGUGGGCAGAGAGGAGACCGGAGGGAUAAGAGGCACUAGGAAAUUCAUUGGAACGUCGGAGGCCCAGGCUCUUUUUCUAAGUCUGGGAAUCCAAUGUGAGGCCCGUAGUAUUGGGGGGACCCAGCAGCUACAAGCUCAUGAUGCUCUAUUGUCAAUUAUUGCAGAUUACUUUCGACAAGGGAGCCCGUGUCAUACCAACGAGAAAGUCGUCAUGACAUGCCUACCGCCCAUCUACUUCCAGCAUCAAGGACAUUCCUUGACCAUUGUUGGAUUCGAAAUACGUGACAAUGGAAGUGCGAAUCUCCUCGUUUUUGAUCCAAUGCUUAAAGUCCCUUCCGGGAUGAAGCGUUCCAUGGGCCCGGGGUCAAGAUUUCGCGAUCCGCUCCAUGCCCUGAAGCGAUACCGGCGCGGGACAAGUUACCUGCAAAAGUAUCAACUAUUCGAGAUACUCAAACCGCCGCCACCUCCCCCGCCCGCUCGCUCUCGAUCACGGCCAUCCUUCACUGGCAAAAACUUCCAAUUUUGGCUUCUCGGCACUGCUGCUGAGGCCAAGAUGCGAACAACUCCGAAUGUGAUCAUCACAGGCACCCCCGGCGUAGGGAAAACGGUACAUUGUCAGCAAUUGGCGCAGGACACGGGCCUCCAGCAUCUAUCGAUCAACCAGGUCGCAAAAGAACGGGAUUGCUUCGAAACCUAUGAUUCAGAGCUGGAAACAUGGGUCGUGGAUGAGGACAAGCUGUUGGAUGCGAUUGAGGAGGAGAUACUUGAGGGUGGCUACCUAAUCGAUUGGCAUGCUUGUGAUCUAUUUCCAAAAUCCUGGAUAGAUCUCGUUGUAGUCCUGCGAUGCCCUUCCACAUCGGUUCACUACGAUCGUCUUUCCACAAGGUCAUAUAAACAAGAAAAACUGCAGGAGAACCUAGAUGCGGAAAUAUUUGGUGUUCUGCUCGAAGAGGCCCGGGAGGCUUUUGAUGAGGAGGUCGUGGUCGAACUCAGUAGCGAAAGGGAUGACGAUGUAGAGAACAACUGUGCGAGGAUUUCAACCUGGAUCGAAUCAUGGAAGAAAGACCAUUCUGAAGUCGAAUAGAACCCCAACAUCUCAGUGCGUCCUGAGUGGUUACUUAGUGAUGGAAGCUUUAAGAUUGUCCCUCAAUCAACCACUGUUGUAGCUUGAUUAAAGCUUUAUAUCUGUGAG